CAGUUGCCCCGGCUAAUAAUAACAACCCGCUGCGCCUUUAAGAGGAUGAGUAGGGUGGGGGUGGGGAAGAGUAAUCUUUAGGAUCGGAUCAGAUCCGCAUCACUUUCCGAACCUGACGGGUCCAGGCGCGUGUCUGAGUCUGAGGUCCGACUAUUCAUUCUGUUGGUCACUUUUUUGUGUGUUGACGCACAAAAAAAGAAAAACUCCGGAUUGAAUUACGCCGCGCGCCUUUAAGAGGCUACCAGCGGGAUUAGAGUUACGCACGGCAGGGCAGCUCGCGCGCUCUGGAGGAGUUUUUACGCACGGCCGGGGCACCCAGAGGACGCACGCCCGCAGCUGCACUUUUCCCUCUCUGCAUCCACCCAGACGCCGCCUCACCGGGCAGCCCGUCCCCGCACGCCCCCCGCGCGCAGCAUGGCUGAGAUAGGGAAAGGGGUGACGGCCGGAAAGCUGGCCAGCAACGUCCAGAAGAGGCUGAGCCGGGCGCAGGAGAAGGUCAUGCAGAAGCUUGGUAAGGCGGAUGAAACACGAGAUGCCGCCUUUGAGGAGAUGGUGGCCAACUUCAACAAGCAAAUGGCCGAAGGCACCAAACUUCAGAAAGACUUAAAGGCCUACAUGGUAGCGGUGAAAACGAUGCAUGAGGCUUCCCGCCGGCUGCAGGACUGCCUGGCUGACAUGUACGAACCCGACUGGUUCGGGAAAGAGGAGACAGACGCCCUAGCAGAGGACACGGACACUCUGUGGUUAGAAUAUCACCAGAACAUCACCGACCAAUCUCUGCUCUGCGUGGACACGUACCUGGCUCAGUUUCCUGAAAUCAAGGCUCGUAUAGCGAAGCGCGACAGGAAGAUGGUGGACUUUGACAGCGCUCGCCAUCACUUCGCCUCCUUACAGAAAAGCAAGAAGAAGGACGACGCCAAGAUCGCCAAGCCAGCAGCGCUGUUGGAGAUGGCAGCACCCAGCUGGGCUCAGGGUUUGAUAUCAGCCCACCAGGUGGCUCAGACUAAUCUCUCCUUCAACCAGGCGGAGGAGGAACUGGGCCGAGCUCAGAAGAUCUUCGAGGAGCUUAACGUGGAGUUGCAGGAUGAACUCCCGACACUGUGGGACAGUCGUGUUGGCAUCUAUGUUAACGCAUUCCAGAAGCUGGCAAGCCACCAGGAGAAGUUCCACAGAGAGAUGGGCAAACUCACCGAAAACCUGCAUGACAUCAUGACCAAACUGGAGGAGCAGCGGGAACUCAAAAGAGAUGUUGGUGCAGUGUCAAAGAAAGGGGAAGGAAAGAAGAGUGAGGGAGCCAACCACAGUGACUCAGCUACUGUAGCGCCAAAGAAGCCCGGUCCUCCUCCCAGCCGGCCUCCCCCCAGACUAACGCCGUCACCAGACCUGAGGCAGCAUUGUGCUGACGAGGACGACGACGAGGAUUUGGUACCCGCUACUACCAAAGGGAGCACCAGCCCAACGCAGCAGGGUACAGUGGCCAAUGGCUCAGAUGGUGAACUUCCUCCCGGGUUUCUCUACAAGGUAAAAGCAGUGCACGAGUACACUGCCACAGAUGGGGAUGAACUGGAGCUGAAGGUUGGCGACAUCGUUCUAGUUCUGGCUUUUGACAACCCAGAUGAACAGGAUGAUGGCUGGCUGUUGGGCCUGAAGGAGUCGAACUGGUUGCAGAAGAAAGACAUUUCAACUAAAGGUGUUUUUCCUGAGAACUUCACCCAAAAAGUUUGAAGCGCAAAUAAAAAGUCUCUUUCACUUCUCUGCUCCAAUUCUCGCAGAUUUUAUUUGAAAUUAAUAAUGUCUACCAAAACACCUGAUUAUCAGCAGAAACUUGUACGGAAAAAGGACAUCUUAUUUGGUAGAAAACGGUUGGAAACAGUGCCUGUUAUUGAUCGCGAAAGUCAAAAGAUUAUCCUAUUUCUUUAAUCUCUGUUUUUUGUUUUUUUCAAAAUAAAAGCUGAAUUCGCUAUCUGACACUGUUUGUAGUUUCAGGAUUGAUUCAUCAGUUUUAGGUUCUUAUCUCCAUUCUCUUUUAGGUUUAAAAGAUUCACAUUUUUUCGUUUCUUUUCACUGAUGGAAAUUUGCCUGAAGUUAUUUAAAACAAAUGCCCUAAAUUAUGGAAAUUUUGUUAGGCAAAUGUCUGUAGUAUUUCUUUAAAUUAUGUAAGAUUUUUUUUUCUUUCUUAAAAACAGUAAAGACAUCACAAAAAGCAGUAAAAAAUAAACAAAUAAAAACAUAAAUCAGGUUUUUGAGAAAAAGUUUCAAACACUAAACUAUGUAGUCACCUUUCAACCAGAUCAGAAGCGGAUGUGGCGCCCAAAUGUUAUGUUUUUUCAGUUAGUUUUGGAUGAAACACUUUUAUAAGAACAUGUUUUUUUUCUUCUUUUGCAUGAAGGAUUUCAUUGUUGUCAUUUACGGUGAUAUUAGUUGGUGUCAAUCUGUUAAAAAAAAAGGUUGUCUGAGAAAACCAGAUUUCCUUGAAUAGAUCCCUGUGGUACACCACUUGUAACAAACAGUAUUGUCCCGUCUCCGUCCCGCAUGACUAAAUGUUUACACAGUUCGGUUUCUUGUAGUUUUUCAAAGGGAACAGUAGUUUUUUAAGAGACUAAAGGUUACGUUUGAAAUGUCAUCAAUUUACAGUACGAGUUUUGACUAAAUCAAUGUGUUUUUUUCUGUUUUUCAGCAAAAAUUAUAUUCUAGUCCCCGGAAUUAAAUCGAGCAGCUAACUAGGAAAAAAAAUCUUAAACCUAAACUUUCUUUGUUUGGUUCAAAGUCGAGCCUUUUUUAAAAAAUCAACUACACUGCCGAAAUCCAUAUUUAUCACAUCGAGAAGGUUCUUUUUAAACGGUGUGACUGAAUGUUGUAACUGAUGCAGGUUCAGAUCAGUAUCAAUAAAGACAAACGAAACCCCA